UGAAAAUGACAAGGAAGAAAACCAAAAGUCCCAACUGAGCACCAGCAGCGAGGAAAUAUUGGAUUACUCCGCAAACUCUGCGAAUCCACGGCUUUCCAAAACGUGCCGUCGAAUUUGAACAUGCAUAUUGAGCUAUUUGCCCGGAUUGAGAAGAAGUGGAAUGAGAAGCGAAACAAAGGCAGCAGCCCUCCAUGGCUCCAAGCACCACGACGCUCGCAGCCAAGCUCCUCCAGUCCGCCUCACGGGAGCGUGCCGUCGUGCGCCAUGAGAGGAGGAUUGUGGCGGAGCUCCACUGAGAGGAGGAUAUAUCACCUGACAAGCGCCCUCCUCCUUCUCCAUCACUACCAACAUCACCAAAGAGGGGACGGAAACAGACACCGUCCCUCUCCCCACCUCGCAAACGGGAGGCAGUGAACGCCUCACAUCAACUGCGCGUUGUCGGAAGGACGCAACUUUCAUUAACUGGGGGAGGGAAAAAAAAAAAAAAACUCGGGGCAACUUGCAUCCCCGACUGGACCGAGCAGUCAGGGUUUCCUUGGGAGUAGUUGAGUUUUUCAAAGUCCAGCAAAGUCCCGAUAAAGUCCUGGGGCCACUGCAUCGAAGAUGCCGGUUCGGAGAGGCCAUGUGGCUCCGCAGAACACCUUCCUGGACACAAUCAUCAGGAAAUUCGACAGUCAAAGUCGAAAGUUCGUCAUUGCCAAUGCAAGAGUGGAAAACUGCGCCAUUAUCUUCUGCAACGAUGGCUUCUGUCUCAUGUGCGGUUACUCGCGAGCUGAGAUCAUGCAGAAGCCGUGCACCUGCAACUUCCUCUAUGGACCCGACACCAAACGUCUGGCCAUCGCUCAGAUGGCGCAGGCCCUGCUGGGUUCAGAAGAGAGAAAAGUGGAGAUCAACCUUUAUCGCAAAGAUGGUCAGUGCUUCCUAUGUAUGGUGGAUGUGGUGCCCGUGAAGAACGAAGAUGGCAUGGUGAUCAUGUUCAUCCUCAACUUUGAGGUCAUGAGCGAGGAGACAUUGCGGGACGGCAAACAGGAGCUCAACCAUCGCCUUCCCACCUGGCUCGUCACUGGUCGUCCCAGAGGCUUCAAGUUGCGCCUUCCGCUGCGCUCGCUCUCCAACAGCAAAGUGUCUCUGGAUGACGCAGAGUCUGGCCGGAUCCCCACUGCCACAUCUUUGCCGCUGCACCCGGUCGGCCAUUGUCAGAAGGCCCUCGGCUUGGGGGAGUUCAUGCCCCUUCCCCCUAUGCUGUCAGAUCAUUCCGAGCAAGUCAGUGAUAGCAGAUCAGCUCUACAAAGUUGGCCAGAAGACCACGUGGAGGACCACCGCACUUUACUGGAAUCUGUGUCUCUCGUACCCCCUCAUGGACCUCACCACGUAACCCACUCGGUCGGGCCCCUUACCCAGUCGUCUCCUUGCGUGGCGUUGCACCAUCGCCUCAGCCUCAACCAGGACGCCUCCGGCUCCAACUGUUCCCUGUCGCGCAGCCGCUCACGCGAGAGCUUCCACAGCAUGAGGCGCGCGUCCUCCGUUGACGAGAUCGAGGCCAUGAGGCCUGACUGGGACCGGAAAAACCGGAGAGCCAGUGUCCGACUGGGAAGCACUGGUGCAGUGAACAGUAAGUCCAACAUACUGAACUCCACAUCAGACUCUGACCUCAUGCGGUACCGUACCAUCUCCAAAAUUCCUCAAAUCACUCUGAACUUUGUGGAUUUCAAACCCGACCCGCUCAUCGCCCUGCCCUCAGGGGAGAUGGACAUCAUCGCGCCUUGCAAACUCAUCGACCGUACGCACAAUGUGACGGAGAAAGUCACGCAGGUGCUUUCGCUGGGUGCAGAUGUUUUGCCCGAGUACAAGCUGCAGGCUCCUCGCAUCCACAGCUGGACCGUGUUGCACUACAGUCCCUUCAAGGCGGUGUGGGAUUGGCUCAUCUUGCUGCUGGUCAUCUACACCGCCAUCCUGACUCCUUACUCGGCAGCUUUCCUCCUGAACGACCAGGAAGAAGCAGCCAUGCAGCGUUGCGGUUACUCCUGCUCUCCUCUCAACGUGGUGGACCUCAUCGUGGACAUCAUGUUUAUCAUCGAUAUCCUCAUCAACUUCAGGACAACGUAUGUGAACUCUAACGAUGAGGUGGUGAGCCAUCCACUGCGAAUCGCCGUGCACUACUUUAAAGGCUGGUUCCUCAUCGACAUGGUGGCCGCCAUUCCCUUCGACCUUCUAAUUUAUCGCAGCGGGGAAGAGACCACCACUCUGAUCGGGCUGCUGAAAACCGCUCGCCUCCUCCGGUUGGUCCGCGUAGCACGAAAACUGGACCGCUACUCCGAAUACGGCGCAGCCGUCCUCUUCCUCCUCAUGUGCACCUUUGCCCUCAUCGCGCACUGGCUGGCGUGCAUCUGGUAUGCCAUCGGUAACGUGGAGCGGAACGGCUCAAUCGGGUGGCUCCAUACACUCGGCGACCAACUGGGAAAACAAUUUAAUGACUCCAUCCCAGGAACGGGCCCGUCCAUUAAAGACAAGUACGUCACGGCUCUCUACUUCACCUUCAGCAGUUUGACCAGCGUGGGUUUUGGCAACGUCUCCCCGAACACCAACUCGGAGAAGAUUUUCUCCAUCUGUGUCAUGCUCAUAGGAUCUCUGAUGUACGCCAGCAUCUUUGGCAACGUCUCUGCCAUCAUCCAGCGGCUAUACUCGGGGACGGCCCGCUACCACACCCAGAUGCUUCGCGUCCGAGAGUUCAUCCGCUUCCACCAAAUCCCCAACCCGCUCAGGCAGCGGCUGGAGGAGUAUUUCCAACACGCCUGGUCCUAUACCAACGGCAUCGACAUGAAUGCUGUGUUAAAAGGUUUCCCAGAGUGUCUCCAGGCGGACAUCUGUCUCCAUCUCAACCGGACUUUGCUGCAGAACUGUAAGGCUUUUAAAGGCUCCACCAAGGGCUGCCUCAGGGCCUUGGCAAUGAAGUUUAAGACCACCCACGCACCCCCCGGUGACACGCUCGUCCACGCCGGGGACGUCCUCACCGCGAUCUACUUUAUAUCCAGAGGAUCCAUAGAGAUUCUAAGAGGAGACGUUGUGGUUGCCAUAUUAGGAAAGAACGACAUCUUUGGUGAACCUAUCAACCUGUAUGCUCGACCGGGUAAAUCCAACGCCGACGUGAGGGCUCUUACCUAUUGCGACCUUCACAAAAUCUUCAGGGAAGACGUUCUGGAGGUGCUGGACAUGUAUCCGGAAUUUGCGGAACACUUCUGGAACAACCUGGAAAUUACCUUCAACCUCCGUGAUACCAACAUGAUCCCCGGCUCUCCUAGCAGCGAUGAGUCUAAAUGCGGGGGCUUCAACAAAUUGCGCCGACGGAAAUUAUCAUUUAGGCGGCGCACAGAGAAGGAUGACGCAGAUGUCGGCGAAAUUAAAAAGUCCCACAAGUCUGUAAACAGAAGACGAGAGAGAGAAUCAGCCCACAACCAGAAACGUCAAGAGGCGGCGGCAAAGAGGCAGUUUCGCAACUCGGUGUCUUCCCAUUCCAGCGGGGAUGAGGGAGAAGAGUCAGUUGUAACCAGCCUCGCUCUGUCAUCUGCAAUGUUGGAGAACCAUCAUGUACAGGCGGCACACAAAAACUUCUCUGAGAACACAGAUGGCGAUGGAGAAGUCAAGACGGGCAACACCUGCAAUGCAUUGUCAGGUGCCCUCUCAGGUGUGUCCAACAUCUUCAGUUUCUGGGGAGAAAAUCGAGGGGGUGGUCAGUACCAGGAGGUUCCCAGCUGCAGCCUCGCCUCCCCCCCAUCCCUCAGCACACCUUUGCACAGCAUGAGCCGCCAGCAACGCAGCCAGCUGGACACGCGCCUCGACCUGUUGCAAAAACAACUUAACCGAUUGGAGACUCGUAUGUCAACGGACAUCGGAACGAUCAUGCAGCUGCUGCAGAGACAAAUGGCUCUGGUCCCCCCCGCCUAUAGUGCUGUAUCGUCACCGCCUCAGGCCUCCCCAUGCGCUGAUCCGGGCACUGGAGAGAAAAUGGUCCCGCCUGUUACACAAUUUGAGACAAACACCCUGGCCUCCUUAUCACAGAUCUUGGAUUCUCAGGACUUUGAGGAGUUCUCAGCCACGUCUCCUGAAUCCCAAGAAUUGCGGGACUCACCUUUGAUCGACACCAGCCAGUACCAGCGCUCCUCCUCUGGACUGGACAUCUUAGGACAGCAUUUGGAGCUUGAGAUUGCUUUGGAAACUGGAGGUGCGACAAUUUCAGACCCAGCGCUAGAUUUUGAUUUAGGCAAAGGCGCAGGAUCAAAUUCACCUUCCGGAUUGAUCUCAAGCAUAAGAAGAACAGGGUUGCAAUUCAGUUCCGAGUUGCGCAUCGAUGUUGGCGGCGAGCAAGCGGCUGCAACGGGGCUAUUUGACCAGGAUUUGGAAACACAAAGGAGGUUGUCUCUCCAAGAGUCACAUCCACCUCAGGACUCACGGACAGCGCAGAGACACAGCUCGGACCCGGGGGGGAGCUAAGGAAGAAGCGAAGGGUACGGAGAACGGGAAGGUUCGACAGUGAGAGGGAAAGAGGAAGGAUACUACUGAACCCUAUUUCAAACAUUGCAACCAAAACCCUCCAGUGACCUUAAACGCAAGGAUGCGCCAUUCAUGAAGAGCGCUCUGAGCCCAGAAAGGAAAAUAAGGUGGAUGCCUCUCUCUAUCGCUCUCUCAUCCAAGUUUCUUCCCCAUUCCGCAUGAACACCCAGAGCUCUCCAACAG